AUGGAGGACGAGAAGGCGUACGCGUCUGACAAAGUCCCAACUCACUCGGGCUCUGAGCCUUUGCCUGUUUAUGGCGAUUCACAACCAACAAAGGCGGGAAUGGGUCAGCGCAUUAUUGACAGCUUCAAGCGCGACCCUAAUGCCCGUGUCGUCAACCAGCGUGGGGCAGGAGCUGAUGGCUCAGGAUUCGAUCUCGAGACUGCGGCCCAGAAUAUUGCGCACUCACCACUCCAACGUCGCCUAAAAGGCCGUCAUCUUCAGAUGAUCGCCAUCGGUGGCUCCAUUGGUACCGGUCUGUUUGUUGGUUCGGGAACCGUCCUGGCUACGGGUGGUCCAGCGUCAGUCGUUAUUGCCUAUAUCUUGAUUGGAGUCAUGCUUUACACUACCGUUCAUGCACUGGGUGAGAUGGCUGUCUUGUUCCCAGUCUCUGGGUCCUUCUCUCACUACUCUACUCGCUUCUUGGAUCCGGCUUGGGGUUUUGCCAUGGGCUGGAACUAUGCCAUGCAAUGGCUCAUCGUCUUACCACUCGAAAUCGUUGCCGCUUCCAUCACCAUUGAUUACUGGAGUCCGAAUGUUUCCAAUGCUGCUUGGGUCAUAAUCUUUUGGGUUCUGAUUGUCGCAAUCAAUCUCUUCGGUGUGCGUGGAUAUGGCGAGGCCGAAUUUGUCUUUGCAGCCAUCAAGGUCAUUGCAGUCAUUGGUUUUAUCAUCCUGGGUAUCGUCAUUAACUGCGGCGGUGGCCCUCAAGGAGGAUACAUCGGUGGACGAUACUGGCAUAACCCAGGUGCCUUUCACAAUGGUUUCAAGGGUCUCUGCAGUGUCUUUGUGAAUGCCGCCUUUGCUUUCUCGGGAACUGAGCUGGUUGGUCUGGCCGCUGCGGAGACUGCGAAUCCUCGCAAAUCUCUACCCACUGCCAUCAAGCAAGUGUUCUGGCGUAUUUCCCUCUUCUAUGUUGUCUCCCUCACCAUUGUCGGCUUGCUGGUCAAGUAUACUGACGAGCGCCUUGUUACGGGUGGCUCUUCAGCCGACGCUCACGCUUCUCCCUUUGUCAUCGCCAUUGAAAACGCCGGAAUUUCAGGUCUGCCCUCUGUCAUGAACGUCGUGAUCAUGAUUGCUGUGCUGUCCGUUGGCAACUCCUCCGUGUACGGCUCAUCGCGGACUCUCGCGGCCCUCGCCGAGCAGGGUCAAGCUCCCAAGUUCCUGGCUUAUAUUGACCGCAAGGGACGUCCCAUCUGGGGUAUUGUGAUCGCUUCCCUAUUCGGUCUGCUCUGCUUCCUCGCCGCAUCGCCCCAGGAGACUACCGCUUUCACAUGGAUGAUGGCUAUCUCGGGUCUCUCAUCCAUUUUCACCUGGGGAUCCAUUUGUCUCUGCCACAUUCGAUUCCGUCGCGCCUGGAAGGUCCAGGGUCACACUCUCGACGAGUUAGCUUUCCGUUCGCAACCCGGCGUAUUCGGCUCCUGGAUCGGCUUCCUCUUCAAUGUCCUGGUCCUGAUCGCUCAAUUCUGGGUCGGUUUUGCUCCUGUCGGUUAUGGCGAAAUGACUGGAGGUGCACGGACUGAGAGCUUCUUCGAGGCUUACCUUGCAGCGCCUAUUAUUCUGGCAACUUACAUUCCCUACAAGCUCUGGUACAAGACCAAGGUCCACCGGUCGCACGAUAUGGACCUGACAACUGGUCGUCGGGACCUGGAUAUUCAGCACCUUAUUGAGCAAGAAAUGGCCGAGCAGAAGCAGUGGCCUGCCUGGAAGAAGGUUUACAAGUUCUUCUGUUAA